CACGUAUAUUGGAUUAUUUCAGUAUGGCGAGAUAUUUCGGUGCCGCAGCAGAUUACUGAAUGAACAUUUUUAGACAGGUUAUUCGUCAAAAUGGAGAUUGCUAAAGAACACAGGGCAUUAGUGGACCGUGUUGCUAGUGAAAAUGGUUUUACCGAUUAUGAAAUAAUAACUAAUUCUGGAUCGAACAAAGGAGACAACUUUCUAGGAAUCCUUACUGCCAUUACAAUUAAAAACAAGGAAAAAAGUUUGGACGUGAUUCUGAAAACCUCCGAAACCAAUAAACAGGUUAGAGACUCUACACCUUUUAGAGACCUUUAUAAGAGAGAAAUAUUUUUGUACGAACGGGUUUUUGAGGAGUUCAAGAAGUUCCAAGAAGAAUAUAACAUUGAAGAUCGAUUCGAAAGCGUGCCCAAAUUUUAUUUAAGUUUUACUGAAGAUGAACUUGAAGGCUUAGUUAUGGAGAAUUUAAAAACACAACAAUAUCAGCUGUGGAACAAAAAAAUCCCAAUAAAUUCAGGACAUACAAAAGCAGUACUCAUUGAGUAUGCUAAAUUUCAUGCAGUUGCAUUAGCAAUGAAAUACAAAAAUCCGGAAUUAUUUAAAGAUUUGACAGAACGUGGUCCACGUAAUCCAUAUGAGAUCACUUACCAAGGAGGCAACGAAAAAGUCGAACGUAUGAAAGCAUUUCUUACUCAUUCUUUAUCUGAUAGUUUCAAAGCUUUAGAGGAUGAUCCGGAUUUGACAGAAUAUUUAAAAAAGUAUGAGCAGAAUUCAUUGCCUGAAGCUCUGUCCCAAUUACAAGAACCAGAAUACAAAGUUGUCGUAACACAUGGCGACUGUUGGUGUAACAAUUUUAUGUUUAAAUAUCAGGAUCCAACCGAUAAAACAACACCCCAAAGUUUACGUAUUGUUGACUGGCAAAUGUCUUCUUUUGGAAGUCCUUGUACAGAUAUUUCAUAUUUUCUUUUGGCAAAUGGCUCAGAAGAAAUUCUAGAUAAUUUUGACACCUACCUAAAAAUAUAUCAAGACAAACUGACUUUGCAGCUUCGUAAUUUUAAUUUGGAUCCUGACGAAGUGUUUCCUUUGUCGAGGUUUCAAAAUCAUUUAGAGAAAAGUAUCUUAUCAGGCUUUUUUAUGGCGCUUUUAACUAUAAAGUUAAUGGUAACUGAGUGGGUGCCUGAUCAUGUAGCAUCUGCUGAAAAAUCUGGAGAUUCCAAUUCAAUACAGUUAGAAGAGUACAGUAGGAGAAUAAAAAUUUUAUUAAGGUUUUUGAUUAAAAAUAAAUAUUUAUAAUAA